AAAAGCCCAUCUGCAUUCCAUGAACAGCGAAAAAGUCUGGAGCGAGCCAAGACUGAAGAUUAUCUCAAGCACAAGAUCAGAAGCAGGCCUGAGCGGUCAGACCUGGUCAAUAUGCACAUUCUGCAAGACUCAGCUGCAGAGGGGUCCAUUCAGUCUACUCAAAUGAAGCUGAAAAGAGCCCGACUGGCAGAUGACCUGAAUGAAAAGAUCGCGCUCAGGCCGGGUCCUUUGGAGCUGGUGGAGAAGAAUAUUAUUCCCGUUGACUCGGCUGUGAAAGAGGCCAUAAAAGGCACCCAGGGCGGCUUUCCUCGCCCGGCCGACGCCUUCGCCUUCGAGGAGGACAGCAGCAACGAUGGGCUGUCCCCGGAGCGGCCCCGCAGCCGCGGCUCCCCAGGACCCGCCGAGCCGCCCCCCGGCUCCAAAGCCCCGGAGCCGCCCCCCUCCGCCCCUGCCGAGGCCCCCCAGGAUCGUCCCCCCAGUGCCGAUGGCCACACUCCGGACACUGCCCCAGGGCCCGGCAGCCAAUGUGACAGCCCCAAGCAGACAGCGGGGCAGGAGAGCCCGACGCUUCCCGUGCCCUCUGCCGUGAAGUCCAAAUCAUCCAGUGAUAGCAAGAACCGACACAAAAAGCCUAAAGACACCAAGCCCAAAGUGAAGAAGCUCAAGUACCACCAGUACAUCCCACCAGACCAGAAAGCAGAAAAGUCCCCUCCACCCAUGGAUUCUGCAUAUGCCAGACUGCUCCAGCAGCAGCAACUCUUCCUGCAGCUCCAGAUCCUCAGCCAGCAGCAGCAGCAGCAACAGCAGCAGCAGCAGCAGCAGCACUUCAGUUACCCCGGGAUGCACCAAGGACAGCUAAAGCAAUCAAAUGAGCAAAUGGUCAAAACUUCAAGUUCUUCAUCAGCUUCUGUCAACACCCCUCUUUCUCCAGUGAAAACCACCUUUUCAGGCCAGACUUGUGUCUCGUCUAUCAAGCCAGGCCCUCUGCCAUCCAACCUGGAUGAUCUCAAAGUGUCAGAGCUGAGGCAGCARCUCCGAAUACGAGGCCUGCCUGUGUCAGGUACCAAAACAGCGCUGAUGGAGCGGCUGCGGCCCUUCCAGGAGUGCAGCAGCAACACAGUCCCAAACUUCAGUGAGAUCACCACUGUCACCUUCCCAGUCACUCCAACAAGCACCCUGUCCAGUUACCAGUCACAGUCCUCCACCAGCAUGUUAUCAAAUGGCUUCUACCACUUUGGCAGCACCAGCUCCACCCCACCCAUCUCRCCCGCCUCCUCUGACCUCUCUGUGAGUGGCUCUUUGCCAGACACCUUCAACGAUGGGCCCAUGUCUUCUCCACAGUUCGGUCUCCAGCCAUCUCCAGUUCAUGGCAGUGCUGAGGAAAGCCUCAUGAGCAGCAUGAAUGGAGGGAGCAUCCAGCUGGAACUGGAAGGAAUAGACACAGAGAAAGACAAGAUGCUGGUGGAGAAGCAGAAAGUCAUCAAUGAACUGACUUGGAAGCUGCAGCAAGAGCAGAGACAAGUGGAAGAGCUGCGGAUGCAGCUCCAGAAGCGAAAGAGAAGCAAUGGCCUUGAGGAGAAGCARCAGCCUGCUCAGCAUUUCUUUGGUGUCCCCAUCAAACAAGAAAACACCGUGUCCAGCUGUCCUUUUGCAUCCAAACAAAUGGCCCURAAAGGCCAGGUUGGCAGCUCUGAUAAGCUGAGUAACUGUGGGGUACCACAGGUGCCCCACAUUGUAAAUAGCCACUGCUUGGAGCCCGCUGGGCAAAGCACCAUCACCUCCUCGACAUUCCUGAGCCCGCAGUGCUCCCCCCAGCACUCUCCCCUGGGGGCUGCAAAGAGCCCCCAGCACAUCAGCCUGCCACCAUCCCCCAACAGCCACUACCUGCUGCCCAUGUCCCCCGAGGGCUGCAGCGGGUCCCCGCCAGGCAGCAGCUGCCUCCGCACAGCGCCGCAGAUGACACGAAGUCAGCAGAUGGAYGAGCUCCUGGACGUGCUGAUUGAGAGUGGAGAGAUUCCAGCCAAUGCCAAGGAAGAUCGGUCCUGCCUGCAGAAGGUACCUCAGAUAAUGGUGUCUACAGGRAGCUCCAGUGCUUCUCUCCCCAAGGCCUCUGCCCCAUUCGAGCCGGUGUCCUCAGCACCACUGCCCUUCGAGCACUGCCCGGGCAGCAGCGACRCCCACCUUGAGGUGCUGCUGAAUGCCCACAGCCCCCUGGACAGGGUCAGCGAGAUGGCCCUGCUCAAGAUGGGGGGAGAGGAGCCCCACUUCGAAGGGAUGAUGGAGGGGUUCUCUGGCAAAGCCGCAGAUGAACUGCUCAACUCCCAGGAGAUUUUACAGACUCCCCUCUCGCCCAUGGAAACCCAGCUCUCCCCUUCCCCUGCCGAAGGCUCCGGUUUACAAAUGAGUUUCACUGAGUCUCCGUGGGAAACGAUGGAGUGGCUGGACCUCACCCCGCCCAGCUCCGCCACCGGCUUCAGCUCCCUCACCCCCACAGGCCCCAGCAUCUUCAACAUCGAUUUCCUGGAUGUUGCUGACCUCAACCUGAACACCAGCAUGGACCUGCACCUGCAGCAGUGGUGAAGGAACGUGCUGGGGCAGGAUGCUGUGAGCCUGCAGCAGGCAGUGCAGUGUUUCUGUCGUGCCAGAAAACAUGCAGGGCUAACGUGCCUCAUCCAGGGGAAACUGGAGUCAUUUUCCCAGCAUAUAAACUUGUUUAAAUUUCAGUCACUGAAAACUGAAAACACAACAACUCUGGUACUUUGGUUUUCCUCCAUUGAYAUAUCCCCACAGAGAGCACCAGUGCCUGUAACAUUUCCUUUGAUUGACAAGAACUUCAGUUUUCUUUCUUUAAUYUUCCYUGCCCUGCCUCCCCCUCCCCAGUUUUAGUAGUCACUCCGAUGAGAACUGGAGCAGCUCAUGACAAGACUGUGUGGUGAGGUCCUCUCCUCUCCUCUCCUCUCCUCUCCUCUCCUCUCCUCUCCUCUCCUCUCCUCUCCUCUCCUCUCC